AAAGAGGUAAAGAGAAAUUCAACCUUUUUCGAUAGCCAUAUCGUAUUACGUUAUACGUGUAGAUAUGGCGGAGCAUCAACCGCUUAUAAAACUCGCUGACACGUACGGCGUUCGGACAGUUUAUCAAAAAUGUUGCUCAUUCACGGAGUCUUCGGGUUCGCACUUUUUACGAUCGCCACUUCACACCCAGUCACCGGAGCAACGGCAUACGACGAGGAAAUUAUUGCCGGUGAUAAUCGACACUACGAACUCGGCGAAGAGAAUGAAAUAUCCGCGGAUGAAUCGCAGAGCGUCAUCUACGGAGCAAGGAGUGGUUUUCCCGGUGAUUUGAUCGUCGGUAAUCGUCUCCCAAAUGAGGCUGUUUACACACGUUCAAUUUCGAUCACUAAUCCAUCGGACGAAGUGAAGACCGGCAUAAUUACGUUCUCUGUACCAGGAGGUGAGUUUCACUACGUGAGAGCCAUCAACCGGGACGGCAGCGUUGGCGUAAUGUGCGACGAGCCCUACACCAUCGGUGGAUCGCAGACGGGCUUCAAAGUCAGGUCUCAACCUAACAGCCGGGUCAUUCUGGACGUCACCUUCGCGGCGCAUUGAUCUCCUCAGCUUUCAUCUUCUUUUUUCAUUUUUUUUUUUUUUGUUUUUUCGUGUACCUCUCAAGCGAUAUUACGGCUCUUAUAGGGUGGUAAUGUCGCGGGCUCGACUAGACGCGAUUGUUGGACAUGAAAAAGAAGAUUAUCCUAAUGUAGUUUUAUCCAGAGAAAAAAUAUUCGAAGUACA